UGGACAAGUGGGCAACUCAUCAGAAUCAACGGCAGCAUUGAUCGUGUAUUUGGCGCCAUGUGUCGAACAAAACAUUUCAAGAAAGCUGCCUUUAGCGGCGCUUUUGAGCUCUGUCGUGCUCCCUCCUUCUCUCUUUCUCUCUCUCUCUCUCCUCCUGUGGAGAAGAACCACGAUGUUUCUUUGAGUUUUCAAGCGCAAUUCGCGUCUCGUCAGAUGGGUUACGAGGACGAUCCGUACCGAGAUGAAGAUGGGGAGCCCUUGAUGUAUCCCGAUAUGCCUUCCGAUGGCGAUGAAUCGUCGGAACCGCUUGAAGAAGAUUGGCGGAAGGAGAGGUCGCCGACCCCCGUGGUUGAUGCCUGCUCGGGGGAGGAAGGGCAGACGAAGAAGAGCCGGAAGAGGCUUAUCAAGAAAAGCAACAUUGCUGACAACCCAAUCGAUCUCGAAGAGGAUGCUUCUGCACUGGAUUAUGGUGACGGGAAAUCGAGGAAGUCACUGCCGGGUGAGGCUGCAGAAGACGGCAAGCUGCAGAGGAGUAAGAAGCUGAAGGACGGCUGGCAGCAGAGAGAGAAAAAAUCAAAGUUAGAAAUGAAUGUCAGGAAGAGCCCGAGAUCAGGCGGUAAAGGCGCGAGCCCCGGGGAAUUCCACGCCCGUGGAAAUGACGCGGAGAUGGUGAAAGAAAUGUGGGAAUCGAUAGCUGGCGCUGAUUCCGAGGAUGACCAGGAUGGUGUAAGAACUAAGGAUGAUUAUGCAUUUAUUGAUGAUACUGGUGUAGAUCCUGCUGAUCGUUGUGGAAGUGAUGGGGAAGCUGGUUCUGCUGGAGAUGCUCCUCAGGCAGAGGAAGGAGAAGAGGAUGAUGAAAUCAAACAACUCUUUAAUAUUAGCAAAAGGAAAAGCAAAAAAACAGAAAGAACUGCUGAGGAAACAGCAAUGGUAGUUGAGCAGUUCAUGGCCAGGCUCGAAGUUGCAGCUGAGGAGGACGCAGAAUUAAACAGACAGGCCAAACCUGCUAUCAACAAACUCAAGUUGAUGCCCAUGCUAACUGAAGUUCUCUCGAAGAGACAACUGCAACAAGAGUUUUUAGAUCGUGGGGUAUUGUCUGUGUUGAAGAAUUGGCUUGAACCUCUUCCAAAUGGAUGCUUGCCUAACAUAAACGUACGAACUGCUUUGUUGAAUAUAUUAAUAGAUUUGCCCAUUGAUGUUGAGCAGCAUGACAGAAAGGAACAACUUAAAAGAAGUGGCUUGGGCAAGGUCAUCAUGUUCUUAUCAAGGUCUGAUGAGGAGACUACUUCUAACAAAAGACUAGCUCGGGAAUUGGUGGACAAAUGGAGUCGAUCUAUAUUCCAGAAGAGCACUCGGUUGGAGGAUAUGAAGAUCUAUGAUGAUGAGAGGGUUCCCAUUCGAAAACCAUCAACUAAGAUGGCGGCUGGAAAUUCUGGGGGUUUUCAAUCUGGAGAUGAUGAUUUUGAUUUAGUUGGAUUCUCACAGGAGCCAAAGUCGGGCCAGUCAGCUCCCAGACAGCACGUUUCCCUACCAGAAGCUGUGGCUUUGGAUUUUGUGGUUAGGCCUCAGUCAAAGAUAGAUCCAGAGGAGGUAAGGGCACGUGCUAAACAGGUGAAACAAGACAACCAUCGGAUGAAGAUGAAUAAAAAGUUGCAACAGUUAAAGGGUCCAAGAAAGAAGCCGAUGCAGGCACAAAGACUCAGUGUGGAAGGCCGUGGAAUGGUCAAGUUCUUCUAACAGCGAAAUGGACCAGGCGCACAUAGCCAUUUUCUCCUGUCACUCCUGCCCUUUCUCCUUUUCAAUGUCAUAAUGAAUUGAUAUUGAGGGGACAUUUUCUUAGCUUAAUCUGGAUUCAUUGUUUCAAAGCAAACUCCAAGCUCACUAUUGUAUAUCGUUCGCAAUUUUAGGAUCAACCCCAAAAUUUUCCUACCUAACAUUUGCGUAUGUAUUUUCAUGAUUCCAUGGAUAUGUUGAAACUAAAACGAUGCAAGUUGUGGAGGGAAAGUGGAAGUGA